AUGUCUAAGAGAAAGCGCAUUGAUUCAGAUAGUGAAGAUGGCCAAUAUAAAAGUAACAAGUUUGUCGAUGUUGAAGCUUCAGAGUCCGAUGAUGAAGAUGAAGGUUUAAGUGAUUUUAUUAAUGAAAUAGCUGAAGAGGCCGAGUCAGAGUCACUUAUUGCUGAUACGGAAGAGUCGGGCGAGGAAGCAGAGCCCGUAGAAGCGGCUGAAUCUGAGUCGGAAGGAUCAGAAGAACCAUUUGAGGAGUAUACUAAAAAGAUUGAGCGAAGGUACAGUGCAGCUGAAGCCCGAUUAGAAACAGAAGAGGUUCCUCAGCAAAUGUUAUUACCAACUGAUAAGCAUCCACGACUUUGGCUAAUCAGAUGUUUACCUAAAAAGGAAAAGUCUUUGGUUUUAACUAUUAUGCGUAAAGUUGUUAAUUCAGAAACAACAGAUAGUCCUAUUAAUAUUACUGGUGUUCUUUUCAAUGAAUCGGCGCCAGGAUAUAUCUAUGUAGAAGCCUAUCAAAAACAACAAGUUCUUCAGGCGAUUGAAGGAGUUACAGGAGCUUUUCGUACUACUAUUGUGCAAGUUCCAGCUAAGGAGAUGGCUGAUGCCCUGAUAGUUAGUGAAACUGAUCCUAUUGUUUAUAAACCGGGUAGUUUACAAUGGCUUACUAAAGGUAGAUAUGCAGGCGACUUAGUGCAAGUAGAAGGACCUGGCCAGGAACGGGGUAUGGUAGCUGUUCGGAUUGUUCCCCGACUUGGUGCCCAGAAUAAGCAAGCUCUAUUCAGUCCCGAAGACUACCAUCCUUCUGAAGUCUAUAAAGUAGCCAAGAACAGUUAUGUUUAUAAGAAAGAGACUUAUACCGAUGGAUAUUUACUUAAAGACGUACCUACGGCCCAUUUAGUCCAGACGCCUACACCAACAACUGAGGAAAGAAGUUGGUUUAGUGAAGGAUCGGUGAAAGAGCCCGUCCGUGUGGCUAAAGGCGAGUUUGUAGAAGUAAUUCAAGGGGCACUUAAAGGUGCUUCUGGAAUUGUCAUCAGUACGGGUUCAGAUGAAGUUUUGAUUAAGAUUGGUGAAAGGAAAGUAGCUCUAUCUCUUUUUGAAGUCCGUAAGAGAUAUGCUGUAGGAGAUGAAGUUAUUGUUGUUUCUGGUCGUAAAAGAGGUAAAAGUGGGUUUAUUCUAGGCUUAAAUGGUGAUCAUGUUCGUAUUGCUAUUGAUGGGUUUUCCGAAGAAAUUGAAGUUCAUAGUGAUGAGAUUAAACUAGGUAGUGUUCCUACUGAGCGAGUUGCACCGGCCAAGAGUCUUAUUAGAGAAAGAAGAGAUCCAUUACUCAACCGAUCCGGUUCAAUCAUUGCCGGUGAGCAUAAAGGUAAACGAGGUAUUGUUAAGGACGUGCAAGGCAGUACUCUCCGGAUUCAACUCAUUGCUAAUCUUAAGUACGUCACUGUCCCUCGUGACUAUUUCGAGCAACAAAAGAGAUCCGGCCCCACCCGUACUCCCCACCAUCCCGAAAGAAGGUUCCAUGAAGGCAAUACCACUCCAAUCCAUGAGGGCAAUACCACUCCCGUCUCCCAUCCCAUCGAUUCUACUCCCCAUGAAUACCCCGACUUCUCCUAA